AUGGUAUGGAAAGAGUUCUGGAAAGUUUUAGCGGGGCGGCCCCCGAUUGGCGGCGGCCCAAUUCGUGCAACUAAGCUCGAGACCUCGCGCGCGACUUUUCUGCGGACGACCGACGAGACAAGACCCCAUCCGACAUCCCCCUACGUCCCCGCCAUCAUGAUAUUACGGAACACGAUCGCCCGCCAUGGCCGACGAGCCCUCGCCCAAAACCCAACCACCCUGCGACGCUUUCUUUCCAACCAGGUCGACUCCAUUGAAUCGUCUAGCGAGAACAGCUUGAAGCAGCUGCACUCUCUCGAGGCUCAGAUCAAUACCACUCUGCCUCAAGCGCCUCCCGUGGCUCCCACCUUCAACCCCGAAUCCAAUGACUCUCCCGUGGCCCUUUCAGUCGCCGAACAAUAUCACAUGUAUAAGGAGCAGCAGAAGCACUUUGGCAAAUUGGGCUCCGAUAUCAGCCAUCAUUACCGACCGCAUACUCUCCUCAAUAACCCUCCUUCUCCCUCCGACGUUACUCUUGAACUCCUGCUCGCUUCCGAAGCCCACCAAGGCCAUGCUACUUCACUCUGGAAUCCCGCGAAUGCUCGUUACAUCCAUGGCAUAAGGCAAGGUAUUCACAUAAUAUCCUUGGAAGCGACUGCCGCCCAUCUUCGACGUGCCGCCAAAGUUGUCCAGGAGGUUUGUCGGAAGGGCGGUAUGGUGUUGUUUGUCGGCACGCGCGCCGAGCAGGAUAGAGUUGUUGUGAGAGCUUCCGAGCUGGCCAAGGGCUAUCACCUGUUUGAGAGAUGGAUCCCAGGGAGCAUCACCAACGGACAACAGAUCUUGGGUAAAUGCAAAAUGAAGGUUGUCAAUGAGAAGGAUGAUGAGCUCCCCGAGUUCCAGGAACAGCUUCUGGAAAGGUCAGUGCUGAGGCCCGAUUUGGUCGUGUGCCUGAAUCCACUUGAGAAUUAUGUUCUGCUGCACGAAUGCGCCUUGAAUGCCAUUCCUACGAUCGGUGUCAUUGACACUGACGCCAAUCCAACAUGGGUCACCUAUCCAAUCCCGGCCAACGACGACAGUCUGCGAUGCAUUCAAGUUAUUGCUGGUGUGCUUGGUCGUGCUGGAGAGGCGGGUCAGAAGGCUCGCCUUGCUGCUGCUGAACGGGGUGACAUCACAUACCGUCCAGCUGAUGGUCUCGUUAUGCCUGGAGAGGAAGAAAACUCAACUGAUACUGCACCCACUGCUAAAAAGGAACCGAAGAAACAAAGCCGUUUAGGAGAAGACGAUUGA